AUGACCUGUACUGACUAUCGAAAUGUCCAUCUAUUGCUCUAUGGGGAAGAGAAAAAAAAAUAUUUAGAGAGACUAGAAAAGGAAAGCAACGAGAUUUUUUAACAACUCCAGGAAAGUGAAAACACUAUGGCCCCAAAGGGGGCACUCCUAAGACGAAUGUAUGAGGAGCUGAAGGAAAUGUGCCAUAAACCAGACAUGGAGCUGCUCCAGCAUUUUGGAGACCUGAUCAAAAAAAGUGAAUUGGUGCAACUGCACAUGUCCCAGCCUGUGAAGCCAGAGUUCAGUUCCUUGCCCAUCACUGGAUUGAUAUACAGGCUCAACCGUUUCCAAGUGUAUUUUAUUUCCUUGGAUCACGAAAUACACACUUGCCAUGUUCUCGUGUUUGAAAAUCUGAGACAUGUGGUCUUUAGUCAUGAUCGUCUCAAUGUGGCCCACAAUCCAACAAGACCUAAGUGUUUUCUUGCCUGGGGUGCCAAGACCUUCAUGUCUGGCAAAUAUUACUAGAAGGUGGAUGUGGGGCACUGUUGGAACUGGGAUAUCAGACUUUGUAACAAUUCUUGGAAAAUGAGGAAUGACAUGCUGGUUAACUCCGAGGGAAUUUUUCUACUUUUUUGUGUCAAAGACAACAAUCAGUGCAGUCUCUCCACCUCCUCCCCACUCUUACCUCAGUGUGUAGAAAGACCUCUAGGACACGGAGGGGUGUUCCUGGAUUAUGAAUGUGGUAUAGUGAGCUUUGUUAAUAUGGAUAAUAGUACCCUCAUUUGUAGUUUCCUUGCAUGCUCCUUUUCUUCCCCUCUCAGGCCUUUCCUUUGCUAUGGACCCCAAUGA